AUGCCUUCAUCAGAGUCUACAUCCGAUGUAUCAGGGAUACUGUCUGAACUUGAGACAGAAGCUAAGUUUAUACAAAGUCGCAUUCAAUCUGUAGAAAAAUAUCUGGCAGACUUCUGUAACAUAUUUUCGUUAUAUUCCCGCAAAUCUGCUCGUUUACGAGACGAAAGGGAUGAAAUAGCAAAAAUUUCUUUAAAUAUAGCAGAAAAUGAAAACAUCAAUAAAUCAUUGUCAGUUGGACUGGAAAAUUUCGCCGAUUGUAUGUCACAAAUAAGCGAUUACGAAGAUGUAAGAGUACAAGGCAUCGAUGUUAAGGUGGUGAGUCAGUUUAUGAAGUACGAAAAUAUUUGCAAACAGGCGAAAGAUGAAGUUAAAGAUAUUUAUACAGCUAGAGAUAAGGAGGUAUCCAAGAAGAGGUAUUUGGAUAGAAUAAGGGAAAGGAACCCAAGGAAUAGGCAACAAAUUAUUCAAGCUGAAACUGAACUGGUAAAAGCCACUGCUGAAGUAGCGAAGUCCAUCCAAACUCUAGAAGAAAAGACAAAUACUUUUGAAAAGCAAAAACUGCACGAUAUUAAAACUAUUCUCUUAGAUUUUAUGUUUACGGAAAUAGGGUACCACGCUAAAUGUUUGGAGAUUUUAACGAAAGGAUAUAAUGAUGUUCAAGCUAUAAACGAAGAGACAGAUUUAGAGGACUUUCAAAGUAUGAGAGGACGCUUACAGUCGGAAUUUAAAAAGUCCUUACGAAUUCCCAAUCAAACUCAAGAAAAAACAUUUGCGAAAAGCUCAAUAUUCAGAUCAACGGGAUCAUUAGGUUCUUUAGGCGCUUUGUUUUCUUCGAAUCAGAAUAGAAGAGCACCGGGCAUUCCGAAUGCUGGUGAUAAGAUGUACAAAAGUGAAGAGACGUUGGAUUCCAUUAAGCAUAGUAUUUCAGACAGUGAGGAAGAAUCUGAUAGCAAAAGUGUCGACACUUUGAGUAAUUCUAGUGAAGAGAAGCAGUCCCCUACUGUUGUACGAGUUAGGAAUAGAAAUUAGAUAAGAUUUACUUUAUAGUCACUUUCGAUUUUUUGUAUUUUACACUUUUAGAAAUAAAAAAUUAAGUCUU